CUGACUGACCCUCAUGCUUCUUUUGGCUGGCUCGCUACCUGUUUAGAGCCACUGUUAUACCCCAUCCUACUGCCCAUCCAUCCUAUCAAUCACCCAUCCGGACCCUUCUUCUAUCUGGAUCUGGCUGCUGCUGUUAUCUGCUCUGCGCGCGCCAAUUUAAAGCCGAGCCUGCCCUCCACUCUUCUCCUCUCUCUCUCUUUCAUCCGCCUGCUUGCUCUCUCUUUCUUUCUUCCUCUCUCUCCCUCCUUCGAGCUUCACGUAAACUUUCCGUCGGCUUUCGUUGCGCGGACUGCCAUAUUCCUACGCCGAGGCACUGCUGUUUGGAAGAAGCUACAGCGCGGCAAGGCACCCAGGCAGCCCCCAACCUACACACCAUGCCUGGCGACAUCACCGACAUGGGCGUGCAGGUCGUCGACCCGGCCAUCAUCGACGGCUCCGGCGACCGCAAGAGAUCUCUCGGUGACGCCGCCCACGCCGUUGAGCUGCCUCCCGUCUACGCCGGCGAGACCGUCGCCCAGGACGGCUACCUCGACCACGAGAACCUCCCGACCGACGAGGAACUACACACGCUGCGUCGCGUGCCCGCAAAGAUCCCCUGGAAGGUCUACACUAUUGCUUUUGUCGAGCUGACCGAGCGUCUGUCCUACUACGGCACCACCCAGGUCUUUGUCAACUUCAUCCAGCAGGACAACCCCGGAACCGCGACCGGCAAGGCUGUCGACCCAGAUGCUCCAGAUGCGCAGCCCGGUGCGUUGGGCAAAGGUCAACAGGCCGCGACUGGCCUCACCACCUUCAACCAGUUCUGGCAGUACAUGUGCCCGCUCGGCGGUGCUUUCAUUGCCGACACCUAUCUCGGUCGCUUCACCACCAUCUGGAUCGGUGUGCUCAUCUCCAUCACUGGCCACAUCGUCCUGACUGCUUCGGCGGCCCCCUCGGUCAUUGCAAACCCCAACUCUGCCAUUGGCGCAUUUGCCGUCGGUCUCGUCAUCAUGGGUCUGGGCACGGGAUGCUUCAAGCCGAACAUCUCGCCCCUCGUCGCUGAGCAGAUCCCCUACGAGCGAAUGCACGUGAGCACCCUCAAGUCCGGCGAGCGCGUCAUCAUCGACCCGGCCGUGACCACCACCCGUAUCUACAACUGGUUCUAUCUGUUUAUCAACAUUGGCGCCCUGAUUGGCCAGGUCAGCAUGGUCUACGCCGAGCGUUAUGUCGGCUUCUACCUCGCCUUCCUGCUGCCGACCGUGGUCUUCAUGUUUGCGCUGCCGGUCCUCUUCUUCUGCCGAAACAUGUACAACCGCAGGAAGCCGGAGGGCAGUGUCAUUGGUCCCGCCGUCAGACUGCUGUUCCGCGGCGUCAAGGGCAGAUUCCACCUCAACCCCAUCGCUACCUGGAAGCACAUGCACGACGGCACUUUCUGGUCCGACCUGCGACCGUCUCGCAUCGCGCCGGAGAACAUGCCGUCGUGGUACAACUUUGACGACGCCUGGGUCGACGAGGUGCACCGUGGCUGGAGUGCCUGUGCCGUCUUCCUCUGGUACCCGCUCUACUGGCUCACCUACAACCAGAUCAACAACAACUUGACUUCGCAGGCUGCCACCAUGGAGCUGCACGGCGUGCCCAACGACAUUCUCGCCAACAUCGAUCCCUUUGCCCUCAUGAUCCUCAUCCCGCUCUGGGAUCUCUUCCUCUACCCGACCAUGCGCAAGUUCAAGAUCAAGUUCACCCCGAUCAAGAAGAUUGCCGCCGGUUUCUUCACCGGCUCCGCCGCCAUGGUCUGGACCGCCGUGCUCCAACACUACAUCUACAAGCUGAACCCGGCCUGCGGCUCCUACGUCGGCGGCGACAUUCCCGGCACCGACACCGCCUGCCCCAAGGCGCCCAUCAACGUCUGGGCGCAGACGGGCGCCUACAUCCUGAUUGCCCAGUCCGAAAUCUUCGCCAGCAUCACCUCGCUCGAGUACGGCUUCUCCAAGGCGCCCAAGAACAUGCGUUCGCUCGUCGCGGCCUUUGCCCUCUUCAUGAGCGCCAUCUCCGCCGCCAUCGGCGAGGCCUUUCUGCCCCUGUCCACCGACCCGCUGCUGGUGUGGAACUACGGCUCCAUGGCCGUCAUCGCCUUUAUUGCCGGCAUCAUCUUCUACGUCCAGUUCCGCACCCUCGACAAGCAGGAGGACGAGCUCAACCUGCUGCCCACCGGUCAUAUCGGCACCGCCGCCCAGGCCCAGGAUGUGGAGAAGCGCCUGUCUGUCGUGUCGGCGUCGGCCAAUGCCCCGUCGGCAGCGGCGGGCGAGAAGACCAUCAUCGAGGGAUGAGUUGGGGGGACGUAUAGUGCGCAGAGUGGCCUUGAUACCUCCUUGUUCAUGAUAUUGAUGCUUGAUGCUUGAUGCUUGAACAUGAUAUAUUAUAUAUAUAUACCAAAAAAUUAAUUUUACUUGCAAACCACUCCUUUGUCCUGCCUGUCAUCUUUCUUAAAGCAGAGGCCAUGCCUAUCCUAUCUA